UACCUCCUAAAGGACACUUAAGUGAUCUCUAUCUCUCCAACUGUUCCUCCUGAUCUCUCUCUCCCCCAGUAAUGAGGAGGCAGCAGAGUUGCUGGGAGAGAAUCACUUUGGACCGCAGCAGCUGAUGGAAAUCUGGGGCCAUGCCUGUGCCAUCGCUAUCACCAAGGCCUUCCCCCUGAGUUCCCUAAAGAGGCGUCCUACGGUCUUGGUGAUCUGUGGUCCCAGUCAGAAUGGCUUUAUUGGCCUGGCCUGCACUUGCCACCUACGCAUGUUUGACUAUAUACCCACGGUGUACUACCCUAAGCGCUCUAUUCUGGCCAUGCACCGGGACUUUACAGUACAGUGUGAAAGAACUGACAUCUCUUUCCUCUCAUUUCUCCCCGCAGAGGUGCAACUUAUAAACUAUGCAUAUAAACUGGGGGUGGAUGCCAUCUUGGGGCCGGAGACAGAGCCAUCUGAUAGAGUCCUACAGCACAUCUUGCGCUCCCUCAGACACUGAAGCAUCCCCAUCGCCAGCAUGGACAUCCCCUCAGGUGACCACAACAUAUACACAAACCUGGCUGAGAGCAUCAAGACAGCCUAAUCAAUAAUAAAAUGCUUGAUAUGAUAUCUACCUGCAGGAUUACCAGGGGCCUAAAAAGCUAUCCAAGGUUAGUGUUAUUUGAUAGGGUUGGACUGAUACCAUGGACUUGUCUGAUGAUGCCGUGAUGUGUUCUUUUACUGCCAGUACAGUAUAAGAUAAACUCAGACAUAUACCAGUGCUUAAUUUGAGCCGGAUCCUGCCGGAACAGGAUCCAGCACCGCUCAGUUUUGGACUGUUUCGUUCUGGAACCCAUUUGCCAGGAUCCAGUACCUCUCCUGACAUUAAACAUUAUUUUCACUGUUCGCAAUGUAAAAAUUAUAAUUAAAGCAGAGUUAA